AUAAAGCACCCAAAAGCUUCCUUCCUUGUCAAGUGCAAAACCAAAAGCUCUCUCUACUCACUAGGCCUCUGAGGCUCUGUUCAAUCCUGCGAUCAGAUUUGAUCACAUUUGUGCACCAUCUCAUCGCGAUUUCGGAAAACCCUUCGAGCAAUUUCUCCGAUAUCCAUGGAUUCUAUCAAGAUUUCAAGCAUCCAAUCUGCAGGCCAAUUCAAAUUCAACCAAUCCCACAAAGUGAUCAAGUUUUUACUCUCUGUCUCAGUGCUUUCAAUCUUGCUCUCUUACUCUUCUUUGAUCUCUUUCUUUCUCCACUCCUUCAAUUCCUUCACAUUUUCUAUAAAUUUCGAUAAGAACUACAUGUUUUUACUUUGCAAUGGACUCUUGGUGUUCAUUGUGAAGAACUCCGGUCUCAUUGGAACUUCUCCACCAGGAAGUUCCAAUCUCACCAAUGAAGAACACGAUCUCAAGAGUGUCGAAAGCCGGCGAAAAGCAGUUGAAUUGGCAGAAACCAAGGCAACAAAAUCUCCAAAAGCGAAGGAAGAAGUUGUCAACGUCGAAAUCGAGCAAGUGAAAGCAAGCGCAGAUGAAAUAUUGGUGUCAGUAGAAGAAAAAAAAAGGGUUUUGAUUGCUGCGGAGGAGGAAGAUGAACGCUGCAGAAACAACUCUGUUGUGGUGGACGAUCAUGAUUUGUAUGAAGAGGAAGGGGUUGAAGUGCUGAGUGCAGAGGAGUUGAACAAGAAGUGUGAUGAUUUCAUUAGGAGAAUGAAAGAAGGAAUUAAACUUGAAGUCCAACAGUCAAUCAUGUUUUGAUAUUUCCAGCGAGAUCAUAAGAGCUAACAACCUAGUUUUAUUAUUUGUAAAAGACUACUUUUAUUUUUACUUGAUGAAUUUUUGGGGUAUUGUUUCUUCUGUAUUAUUUUCGCCAUGCCCUGGUCUGAGCUGGAUAAAAAUAUUUGUACCAUAUUUACUGAUCACAUUAGAUACAGAGAUGUGACAGGCUUACAUAAGUAUGUUGGGUGAACUAGAAGAUUGUGGUUUCGUGGAAAUAAAGUUAUCCGUACCACAUUUACUAAUAUAAAGAUGUGAUGUGCUUAAUUAAGUGUGUCAAUUUGAUACAUAUUGGUUUGCCAA